AUGAAUGCAAAUGUUACUGCAGAGUACCUAGCUGAGAAAUAUGUUGAAGAGUGGAGAAGCAAUCCUAAUUGGAAGAUAAACAAUUUUAGGGAUAAGUAUUCUAGAGUAUGGGAUUAUGGGAAGGCAGUGCAAAAAUAUAGCCCAGGGACUGUAGUGAAUGUGGUGGUUGAUCAGUUGGAUAGGCCAGAGCCACCUUUGUUCUUGAGGAUGUAUGUGUGCCUUUCUCCAUUGGUAAGGGGUUUCUUGAAAGGAUGUAGACCACUAAUAGGGGUGGAUGGAUGCCAUUUGAAGGGCUCUUACCCUGGUCAGAUCUUGGUGGUUGUGGGAAAGGAUGGAAAUAACAGUAUCUAUCCCUUUGCAUGGGCUACUGUGGAGGUUGAGAACAAAGAAACCUGGUCCUGGUUCUUAGAAUGCUUGAAGCAAAGCCUAGAUGAUUUAGAAAUGGGAGGUGGCUUCACUUAUAUGUCAGAUAGGCAGAAGGGACUGCUUGAAGCAUUUGAGGAGGUGGUCCCUUUUGCUGAGAAGAGGUUUUGUGCUGAUUUUGAAAUUGCAAUGGAAUCCAUAAGAUUCCUUAGUGAGGAUGCAUAUGAGUAUCUAGACAACAUCCCUGCCCAACAUUGGUCUAGGCAUGCCUUUUCCACUAAUUGCAAAUCUAAUAUGCUUCUUAACAAUAUGUGUGAAACCUUCAAUGCUUGUAUUAGAGAAGCUAGGGAUAAACCAAUCCUAACCCAAAUUCCCAAGCACUGGGAAAAGAUUCAGCUAAGGGAGCCACUGCCACCACCUGUGAGAGUGAUGCCUGGCAGACCUAAGUCCAAAAAGAGAAAGAAGGAAAGGGGUAAGGGUGUAGCUGAGGCAGAGGGUACUUCACAAAAAAGGCAAAAGAGGUGCCAAAAAUGUGCUCAAUUUGGACACUAUGCCAAAACUUUUUCCAAUGUGCCUGCAGAAGUGAAACAGUCUUCAUCCCAUCUUAACACAAAGGGCAAGGCUAUUGUAAACACAGCAUGGGUGGUAAAACAGAGGAGAACCAAAGCAACCAGAGCUUUAAACAAGACUACUCCUGGGGCUACAACAGGUCCUAACAGAAUUGUAAAUAAAAAGUUCCCACAAGAGGAGGCCAAGAAGAAAGCUGCAGCUGCUGCAGCAAAAACAUCCUCAAAAGCAGUAGCCUCUCAAGGAGCGGAAGCAACAUCCAAAGGGGGACUAGAACCAUCUGAAGGAACAGGAAGAGCAUCUCAGGGAGCAGAAGCAUCUUCAGAAGGACCUAAUACAAGGUCAAGGAAGUAUGCAGGAGCAGAACCAUACCUCUGUAGCCAAGCAUCAACAACUACUACAGCAAAAAACACCACAGCAACCAGGGCAAGCAAGAAAAAAAUAUAG